GGAGCUCAUUGUGCGGAGUGAUCUGAUACGGACUACACCCAGCCGCUGCCUCACUGCCCUGGCUUUCUUUGCUGCCCCAGCCUUCGCGUUAGUCAACGUCGAAGUGUGGGUUAGAUUUGGAGACUCGGGCAAAAAAAAAAAAAAAAAAAAAAGAAGAGAAAGAGAGAGAGAGAGAAAAAAGAAAAACCCACCCCGUCUGUCUCUUUCCACGCUCCCGUGUUUUUUUUUUUGGCAGCUUUCUCCGCUUGGCAACCGCACUUCCAGAGCAGUAGGGAUUUUUCUACGGCACCGAUUUCUUGAAUAUGUCUUGGCAAUCCUACGUGGAUAACCUGAUGGCCGAUGGCGACUGUCAGGAUAGCGCCAUUGUUGGGUAUACGGACUCCAAAUAUGUUUGGGGAGCAUAUGAGGGCGGUAUAUUCGGCAAAAUCACGAGUCAGGAAAUAGAUGCCCUUGUCGGUAAGGACAGGGAGACCUUUCACACCAACGGUCUCACUCUGGGCGCAAAGAGGUGUUCGGUCCUCAGAGAUAGCCUCUUUACCGAUGGAGACUGCACGAUGGACAUCCGGACGAAGAGUCAAGGAGGAGAAGCUACGUUCAAUAUCUCUGUGGGAAGAGCUGAAAAAGGGGGAGUCUCUUCAAUUUUGUUCAUUUCUCUUUUUUCCCCCCCACCCCAACCCCUUGUGUGCUCCAGCAUUGGUUGUAGUCAUGGGAAAGGAGGGGAUCCACGGUGGAGUCCUUAACAAAAAAGCAUUUUCAAUGGCCAACUUCCUGAGGCAAAGUGGCCUUUAAGCAACCUCUUCUCCCAUUGGUCAGUUUAUCAGCGCACUCCCACUCACCACACUGUGUUGACACGACUUCCAGGAUUAGGUGGCAUACGAUGUUUGUUUCCUCCCCAGUGUACUUUUAUACCUAUUGUUUGCUUCAUCUCGCCCUCCCUUUUUGUUUUGUUUUGGAUAAAUGUACCCCCACUUUAACAUUGUACCUCAUGUUUUUGGCACUACAGUAAUGGCAUGUUCAUUGAAAUGUUUAUUAACCAAAAGAGUGUUCAAAAAAAAAAAAAUUAUCGCAAAGUGUAAUAAAAGUGUUCAAUAAAUUUGGACUGCCGUUGUAUAACGUUCACUUCGCAUCUGGCUGGAAUUCCAAGAGGACGUACACGUGUGGUGGUGGUGACGGUGUGCAUAGUUACGCUUUUCUUUUUGUUUUUUUUUCUUUGGUGGUGGUGGUGGGGGGGGGCAUUACAAAAAGAUGCUGGGUUCAUUUUAGUUUUUAUUCUUCUCGGCAUGUGGGCAUUUAAAAAGUUGCAUGCAUACCCUCUUUAGCAUCCACACCCCUGCUCCCCCUGAUCCUGUCCUAGCGCGAUAUUCCAGCCAAAGCCAUCUUCUUCGUCUGCCUGCAUUAAAGAAAAGCUUCCUCUGACAAAGCACCGAUUUCGCCGGCCUCCCUCCCCUCCCACCCUCCUCGAGCACAACUUCUUUUACGCUCCAUCACAUGCUUUUGCUGUUGUACCUGAAUGUGGUCUUUAAAGUUAAUGAUGUGGUGUUGGGUGUAAUGUAAGGUCAGCAUUACCGGGACUGUCAUCGUACUACGCCGCGCCUCGGGGUCUCGCUGGGCGUUCCACCUCCGUCAGUCAUCUCCUGCUCUUUGUAAAUUUUUGCUGUGAAUCACUACACACUGGUGAGGUUGUUCUCUCCUCCUCCUCCUCCUCCCCUUCGGACCAAUUGUCAGUACAAGAGGAUUCUCAGAAACGCUGCAGCUUGUUCUGAUGGAUGAUUGUUGGCAUCACCUGUUGACUGUAAACCAUCGAGACGACUGUAACACAUGUAACCGCUUCUUCACAUCGAACACUACUUAAACCUCUCGCCACUAAUUGAUUUGUCGCUAACUCCAUGUUCAUUAACCGAUGAAAUGUCAUUUUUACUACAGUACGAAUGCAUUCUGACUGUAACCCGAGGCCGUUGGGCUCCAGCGCCUCAGGACUUAUUUUGCCUUGUGCUUUAGUCAUCAAAGGUGUAUUCACAAAUUGUCAUAGUAAGGUACUUAGAAGUAUAUUUAAAAGAUGAAGAAAAAAAACAACAAUGACGCUGUGUACACUAAACUUAUUGAAAACGGUGUUGGUUGGAAUAAGAACAUUUGUAAGUUGUCUUGUGAACAUUUUCUGAAAAUAACUGUGUAUUCUGUGCCAUAAAAUCGAUAUCUGCUCUGUUGCUACUACGAGUUGGAUUUUUAACUGCUGCCCCAGCAAGAAGUCACUUUUAAUGGCACUUUCCUAUAAGGGAUGUUUUUGGCAUCAGUAAUCUCCAGACUUUGUGGAAUAUGUACAGAAUUAAACGACAGAAAAAUGCAAUAUUUGGUCUUUUUUUUUUUUCUUUUCUUGAGUUGGAAAUUUCCUCUCUGCCGCAAAAUCUGCUAUUUCAAAUGCCAUGAGUUGAUGAGACAUCUUGUUUACAGACAGAACAAAUAAAAGUUAUUCCAACCAGA